CGUGACUCCAGUAGGCGACCCUCCAAUCACCUUGGUCACUUCACAGCUCAGUCCAUAUACAAAGUAUAGAAGUCUUCUUGCGCUUCACUAAAUAUUUCUCAUAUUUCCCUCUCAUUGUCUCUGUAUUGUGUGUUUUUUUGUUGACAGACACUGACGUUGUGCGCAUUAGAACUUUUGGUUGUGUCGCGUACGCCGAACGAGAAGACCAGAUUUCGCUCGCAUUGGCGAACUGUGAUUGAUAAAAUGAACACCUUGCUCGCCAAAGUGGAGUACAAAUGGAUUAUUUUAACGUUGAAACAAUCUCGGGCAACAACUACGACAGCUUGCAAGGCCCAAGUGUCCACACUUCCCCCUGAACCUGUCAUCCCCUCAAAGAAACCUUUCAAAGUGGAUCUACUUGGUGGGAAACGUUACUCUUGGUGCAGCUGUGGACACAGCAAGAAUCAGCCUUUCUGCGACGGAUCGCACAAGUCCAAAGCCCAGGGCCUGUCUCCACUGCGCUUCAUCCCGGAGAAAGAUGGCCCAGUUUGGUUGUGCGGCUGCAAACACACCAACACGCCUCCGUACUGCGACGGCACACAUAAGCAGGACUUCAUCGCGUCUGCUUCUCUGCAUCAAGACAUUGAUUAGUUCAACAACACGCCUUCAAAAUCAGAACUUUGGACUUCACGGAGAAGAAAAGGACAAUGGAGGUUUGGAAGCAUGACGUGUGAAUGUUAAGUGGGGUGUCUUAAUCCCAUAUUGAUAUUGGAUAUUGGUCUAAUAAAAGCAAAAACAAACUAUUAUAUCGGCUUGCACCUAAAAUCUCUGGCAUUUAAUAAGUGUUACGAUACAGGAAGUCUUGUCAUUUACAAAAGGUAAACAUUAGGGGUACUAAAAAACAAAACAAUUAGAGAUGUCCAAUAAUAUCGGACUGCCGAUAUUAUUGGCCGAUAAAUGCUUUAAAAUGUAAUAUCGGAAAUUAUCGGUAUCGGUUUCAAAAAGUCAAAUGUAUGACUUUUUAAAACGCAGCUGUACGGAGUGGUACACGGACGUAGGGAGAAGUACAGAGCGCCAAUAAACCUUAAAGGCACUGCCUUUGCGUGCCGGCCCAAUCACAUAAUAUCUACGGCUUUUCACAC